GCAUAAUGCUGGCAUCCCUUCAGUGUUUUCCCGACUACUUCAGGAGCAUUUUCACGUGGUGGCGAAAUUGGGACGGAUUUCUGGGAGCGGGUUUAUCAACUCAAAGAUGACGCCGGUGCAGAUUGGCGUGGUCCUUUUGGUCGUAGCGAGCUAUGCUCUUGUCCAUGCAGAAGUUUCGGUGGAAUGUAGCUGGAAUGACACCGUAAUUGUGAAAUGGACGGAACGGCAGCGGAAGACUGGGAGUCCAGACCCCUACAUCCUCCUGGGUAACUGCUUGCCCACAACGACUGCUGACGGGACGGGGGGAGAGAUGGAGACAGUCUUCAGCACCCAGCUGGACGAUUGCCGUUUCAGGCGAAUGAUAACCGAAGACCAGGUAAUCUACUCCAAUGAGCUGAGCUACUGGGCUGGAGCCAUUCAGACUUCUUAUCCGGUCACAUGUGUUUAUCCAAGGCCUCAGGAUUGGGGUCCCCCCUUGUACACGCCGACCUGGCUGCUGCUGGAGUCUGGAGAUCUGCGCUUCCACAUGGCACUCAUGAACGGUGACUUCAGUGGGCCGGCCCAGUCCUCCACCUUCUACCUGGGCUCCCUCAUCCCCAUCUGGGCUGCAGUGGACCAGCAGGCCCACCUUCCCCUCCUGCUGCUGCUGGACGAGUGUGUGGCAGCGACCACUCCAGGACCGGACCCCCCCGGACCCGUCUACCCCAUCAUCGCCAACGGGGGCUGUUUAAUGGACAGUAAGAUCGGCAGAUCCAUGUUUCGUCCCAGAGUGAAAACCUCUGAACUUGAGCUUCACGUGCAGGCCUUCAAAUUCUCCCUUGGAGCUAAUAUCUAUAUCCACUGCAGACUGUCUGUUUGGGACCCGGAGAGCCUUGAUGAGGGCAAAAAGGCUUGUUUCUACUGCAAAGACGAAAAACGGUGGGUGCUCCUGGAUGACCGUUCCCAGAAUUCCCUGUGUUCCUGCUGCGAUUCCCACUGUGGGUACAGGAAGACGCGUGGCCUGCGCUCAGGUUUCCACGGGCUGACCCACAAUGCCAUUCUCGGCCCGCUGGUCAUCCAGGACGCACGAGAAACGAGCCUCAACGCAUCGGUGAAGUCCCUGAGGACGGCCGGGUUUUGAAUGGGCCUGGUUUAAACUGCAAAUAAACAUUCAGUGGCACACUUGAAUGCCUUUCCUCCCCCCCCCCCCCCCCUCCAAAAUAAUAUGCCUGUCAGGUGAACCGGUCGCUUGGGUGCUUGUGAUUGCAGUACGACGUAGCAUGUGGAGCUCGUGGUUAGCAAUGAACAUACCGGACGCGCACUCCGUAUCCUAAGGGUAAUAAAUAUAUUCCCUGAACAUGCA